GCCGGAUUGAUUUUUCCCAUCGUUGCAUCACCUUUUCAAACUCAGGUUUACUAAGUCUCGUGCCGGCUGAAUAAGGCGCCUUCGUGAUUUUUUUUCCGCUGCAACGGUGCUAUGGCUCGCUGGUGGGCAAAAGGUAGCUACGUCCCAUACCAUGGCGACUCGAUGCUGAGUAACUAAAUUGUCGUUUUCUUCGAGGACAAUUGUUGUACCGCGUGUUUACCAAGUCGAUUGAAUGAAUUCCCCGUAGUAUUACUUUUCGCGUCUUAGUGUGAGCUGGAGUAAUGUGUGUCACUCUACUGUAUGACCAACAGUGGGUGUCUUGUCUGCCUCGUCUUUUCCGCACCUUCUCGUUUCCUCGACAGAACAGUAUUUCAUGCCGUUGGAAAGAAUUUCCUGGUCACACUAUAUUUUUCGUCUGUCGAUUACGGUGUCACAAGUCCCCUAAAAACGUUUUCUCUGUCAAGAGGUGGCAGUCUCGCCGAAUGUGGCUUCACUAUAUUUCGUGCUCUGGACGUCCGACCUGUAGAUAACAGCCUCUCAAGGGUCUCUCCAUUCUCUAAUCGGGUUUUGGGGGACUUGUGAGGCACCCUCUUCGUCGGGUUCACUUAUUUCUCUCUGCGAGCACUCAAUCCCAACAACUGAAUUUCUUCGUCACCAUCCACCAUCACGUAGAAUUCUGCCUUCGUGAGCCUCAUCGGGUUGUUUCCUUUCUGUACUUGAUUCACGUUAACAGUCACCCGGUGCUGGGCAGAACCUCAGUAUGCCACGAUGGCAACUUUGUUCCGCCGGAGUCUUGAACGGAACUCAUUUUUCGGGGUUAAAGCAACAGCCGUGGCGUCAUUGAACGCGCGUUAUCCACAGAAAAUCCCAACAGCUUCACUUCGGUUGCAAAGCGACUACUGUUUGCUCUCGUCUUCAUGUAUCCCUUCACGAAACCGUGAAUAGCGCUACAUUCCGUUUUCUUUUCCGAAGUCUCUUUUCGGGUUUCUCAUGGAUGGGAGCAUUCGUGUGUAACUUUAUCGCUCAGACUCUCUUGUGGCUCACUUCAGAAAACGCAGUCGAACCCUGUAUUUCUACAUGUGCGUUUUAUGCUGUUUCGCUGCUGUGCUGCUGUAUUCACCUAUCCCCACCCGUCCUUGCUCUCGAUUUCCUUGCUUCCGCAGAGGCUUCCUGUCCCCUCUCUUUUCCGUGUUUCCUCGUCUCACCCGCACUCACACUUGCAUUCGGGUCUCCUUCACUAUUUUUUUGUCCCGAAUGGUCCUGCUCUGCUUCCUUUCCAAUCGUUGAUGCGCUAUGAAAAGUUAAUCUACUCUAUCUUCCUCGCGGGCUCCUUCCUGUCCCAACACGCUGUUGGCGUUUCUCUUCUCGGGGCUUCGUGACCUCGUCUUUUUUUUCCUCCGGUACCUUGAGUAUCCCGGCCAACGGCUUGUCCAUAUUGCUAGUUAUGUCCCCUUAUGUCAGUGCAUGUUUGCAAGCCCGUGAAGCGGCUCUCUCUCGAUUCCUACUCUGAAGGAGGCCUCUGAGCCAUAGGAAAUGUCAUUCUGUCUUUUUUGAGCCAUCACGAAUGCCGGCCGGCUGACAGGGGACUGAGUUGUAGUCCAGGGCAUUGCAGAUCCAUGUGGUUUCGGAAGUAAAAGGACUUCACGACUUUCGUUGAAACUCUCCUCUUCUCGACUUGCUUUCGCCAACUUACAUCGGAUAUCUGAGUGAACUGGUAAAGUGCUGUCUUGUCGGAGGACCGGAACCGAGGUUCAUCGCCGCUGUCAAACCCAUCCCGAAACCCUAACUAUCAAAGGCGUCAAAAAGAGACAGAGGGGGAACUAAACAAGCGGAAGCGAAAGAGAUCGGCAGGGGACAGCGCUACAAGAGCCUGCCGAAUCCCUAAAACUCUCGACAUAAAACGUGCUGAGGAAGAAUCGAAAAUGAACGCUUUCUCCAUAUUCAGGAGGGGCAUGCGCGGGGGGCCCGCGAGUGCACAUGGAGACAAGCUUCGUCGAGGGAGAACAGAAGUCGAUCCAAAGGCGGAUACGCUGCAGGGCAUGAAAAUAUGGACAAACAACGCGCCAGCCGUGCACGCAAACGCUGAUGAGUGCUUUGCGCUCUGCCUUAUUCUUCCCGAGUCGAGUGAAACUGUUCUCCAUCUGAAGCAGAUUGACCCUCCCCCUGACACCACAGAAGCGGAGUCAUUCACGAUCGAUCCAGAGGAUGCAUUCAACGCGAACAUCGGCAUCGAAGUGGACAAGUUCCCUGACAUCGGUUUGCUCCCUCACAAAAAUUGCGCGGCAGUUCUGGAUUUCUUAAAGCAACGAUAUCUCCUGGAUCUCAUUUAUACCACUGCAGAUCCCCUCCUGAUCGCUAUCAAUCCAUUCAAAGAUCUUAACAACACGACUCCAGAGUGGUUACAGCUCUACCGGGAUGCCCCCGACGCCGAGAUACUCGCUCCGCAUGUCUUUCGGCUGGCACGCACGGUACUUGAGAGAUUGUCUGCCUUUAUGGCCAGUCAAACCAUCAUCGUCAGCGGCGAGUCAGGAGCAGGGAAAACGGAAGCCACAAAGCAGAUCAUGUCUUACUUUGCCGCUGGGAAGCGAGGAGAGGUAUCUCACCAACGCAUCCAAAAUGCCGUCAUUGCGGCAAAUCCUGUUCUCGAAGCCUUCGGCAAUGCGAAGACUGUCCGGAACAACAACUCCAGUCGCUUCGGUCGCUUCAUGCAGCUUCAACUGGGGGAGAAGGGAGGCAUCGAAUACGGCUCCAUCCGCAACUUUUUGUUGGAGAAAGUCCGCGUGACCAGUCAGGAGCAACAUGAGAGAUCCUACCACAUUUUUUAUCAACUAGUGAAGGGCGCUGACGACGCAAAACGAAGGCAGCUGCAUCUGCUUAAUCUCGAAGACUACACCUACCUCUCAAAGAACGGUGGCUGCUACGACUGUCCCGGAAUCGACGACGUCAAAGAUUUCAAAGAAAUGAAUAAGAGUUUGCGCUCCAUAGGUCUCAACCUGGAUGACGUUGAAAGCCUUUGGUCGAUUAUCGCAGGCGUCCUUCUUCUGGGAAACGUGCACUUGGAAAGUCGGGAGACAGACGGUCAGCCUAAUGCAGCUGCCCUCACCCCAGACGGAGAGGCGACCCUGCAGAAGUGCUGUGCACUUUUGUUUGUCGAUGAGGAGGCAGUGAAAAAGGAGAUUCUCUACAAAGUCAAAACAAUUGGUGACCAACAAAUAGAGUCCCCAAACAGCUUGUCGGAUGCUUUGAUGAAUCGGGACUCCUUAGCGAAGGCCGUGUACGAGAAGUUGUUCGAUUGGGUCGUUCGUCGUGUCAACGCAACAAUCGAACCUCCUCAAGGUUUUGGAAUCUUCAUGGGAAUGCUGGACAUCUUUGGUUUCGAAAUGUUUGAGAACAAUUCCCUGGAACAGCUUCUCAUCAAUAUCACCAAUGAGCAGCUGCAGAAAAACUUUAUCCAAAUCGUUUUUGCUCGUGAAACGAAGUUGUACUACGAAGAAGGAAUCGGAAAUGUGAAAAUUACGUGGACAGACAACGAGAACGUGAUCAAAGCUUUGUGCGGGAAAUCGUCCUCAGUCCUUGCCAUACUCGAGGACAAGAGUCUUGCUCCGGGAGGCACUGAUGAAGCAAUCGUCACGUCCAUGAACCAGGCUCUAAAGUCCUCUGAUGUGUGGAAACCCGGGCAGAAGAACCCGCGUAUUUGCUUUUGCAUCUGCCACACCAUUGCCGAUAUUCAGUACGAUGCAACUGGCUUCAUCGAGAAGAACAAAGACCUUCUGAAGCCCGAGCUCUGCUCCAUCGUACAGGCUUCUUCAAACAAUGUGGCAAAGGAAUUAUUUGAAGGUGUCGUCAUGCAGAAGGGCAAGAUUGCCAAGGGGCAACUCAUUGCUUCUCAGUUUAUGCGCUCUCUUGAUGCUCUCUUGACUCUGAUCUCGAGUACAGAAUCGCAUUUUAUUCGUUGCUUGAAACCGAAUGAGACGAAGAAUCCUCAUGAUUGGUCAAACGGAAAAGUUCUCGCGCAGCUUUUCUCCCUGUCGAUCUUGGAAGCACUCCAACUCAAGAAUCUUUCUUUUUCCUACCGGCGGCCGUACGCAGACUUCUUGAAACAGUUCGAGCAGCUAGAUCUCGAGGUCACCAGGAAGUCCGGAAAUGCAAAGGAGAAGACGAAGCAGCUUCUUACUCGAGCAAAUGUACCACAAGCCAAAUGGGCGCUCGGCAACACAAUGGUGUUUAUGAAACCAGACGCAGUUCGAGAGCUGACACAAAAAAUGCGACUGAUUGUGGUGGCGUGGGAACCGCUCAUUCGUGUUUUAGAGGCUUGCCAUUCCCGUGCUUUAAAAAUGCGGGCCAUAAGGGACAGUGUGCAAUGGGUGGUUCGAAUCCAGUCACAGAUCCGGAAGGCGCGAGUGAUUAUGGAGUAGGCCUUUCUGUUAAAAAACCGUUUCACAGACUUCAAACGUGCAAAACAAUCUUUCGUGUCAGUUGACACUCUAAGGCGAGUCGCUCAAAACCCGGCAUCCAAGGAAAACCGCUACCGCCUUCUGCCCCAAAAAUGUGAAAAGCGCUCAUCGUUUGAUAUCCGGUGUAGCUUCUCGGCGUUAACCAGCUUGAUUGUGACAGGUCCACUUCGAUGCUGAGUCUCGUUCUACAGUUUGAUUCUCAGUGCCGUAACAGCGAAUUUCGAGUUGUGUUUUUACUUUGUUUGCACCUUUAUGUGUCCCAUUGUGGUAUUGUAAGACAUAGCCGGUCAUCGAACAGGGCACAGUAUAACGUUUCGGUCGUUUGGGUCGUAGGCUCGGCAAUUCGUGAUUCCCCGAAACUACUUUUCUCGAAGAUAGUUUAUUUGUACUGGUCUGUAGUGUGGUGAAUAGGUCUGUAGUAACGAUGCUGAUAUCCAUUUUCUGCAAAAGUGUGUUUAUUCCCGGUUCCCGAGGUCGUCGUUGUUUUAGGACCGAGAAUCAAAUGCAUCGCAUUUGAGAGUUCAGUUCGGGUACGCUGACCAAUAUUCAUCCUUUAGGUGCUUAAUUAUCCGC